GAGAGCUCGCCGCGUUCCCCCACCAUCUUCCAACCUGCGCGUCGCAGUUAUGGACUCUGGUGAUACAUUAUAAUUUCAAAUUGAAAUCGAAUUUCACUCUAAUGCUUCAAAUAUUCUUACUGCGUUCACAUCAGUAAUUUAUAUCAGUUACUCCAAACACUAAAAAUCAUUUAUCCGUAGGUAGAAAUUUGUUCGUAUCGAGCUCGACAGGGAGCCAUCGCUACAGGCAUGUAUGCAGCUCCUGCAUGUGUAAAAGGCAAGCUUCUCCAACGUGAGGUGGAGGGUGGGGGCAGAGGACGGGACGAGGCGGAUGAAUGAAUGAAUCUUAAGACAGUCGUGUAAGAGGGGCAUUCACGAAUCCACCGGGUCUUUUCAGCGACGUUUCUCUCGGUCGAAAAGACCCUGCCUUUCGUUGUUUCAUUCUCGGCCAACGUUUCCACGAUUAUGACCUUUGACCUCGCAAAUUCACGUCUACCCCGUGCGACGAUCACCGGUUGAAUUUCCCGACCACCUGGCAGCUUUCCUAAGACGUACCCGAGGCCAGGACAUCAUGGAAGCCACUUUCUUCGGCGAGAGGAAGAUCCUGGCUCGAAUCGAGUCCUUGGACGAUCCGUGUGCCAAAUAGUGCUCUUCGUCGGUUCAUCUUUUUCAAUGUUCAAUCGGUGUGCCGGACUUGUUUCGUGUACGACCCAUGGAGACGAAGAAUUUGUUAAUCGUGUCUGAUGAGUGGAGAUCGGAGGGAAUGGAGGUCCCGUCGAAAAGGAGAUGCCUCUGGCAACCGUGGCUGAACACGGACAAGCCAGGAGAGGAGCGACCAAAAGCGACGAAUCUACACCGGAAGCCUAGCAGCGCGUGGCGCAAGGAGCGUAGGAGGGAUCCGAUUCAGAGCGAGGCACUCGACAUGUCUGCGGCCAGGGUGCAUCACCAUCAUCACAGCAGGCCCAGCGUGAUCGUUCCAACCACGCCACAGCCUGGUACAACGAUCGAGGACACCGCGGUGACACCUACUCCAUCGUUGACACCCUCCGCAGCAACAGCGGGUGGGCAAAGAACCGGUAUUAGAACUGUGGGUGGUGUAAGUGAUCCUGCGAUAGACGAGCACUUUAAGAGAUCAUUGGGCCUGGAAGAGUACGCAGCCGUAUUCAAUGCUACUACUACCGACAAGGAGGCAGGUCUCAGUGUGGACGAUCAUUUUGCAAAAGCAUUGGGUGAAACAUGGACGAGGCUGCAGGCGACCAGUCGAAGCAAGGACUCCACCUAACUGCCGGACAGUUAACAAGAGUUCCAAGGAUGUCGCCGUUAAAUACGUUGCUGUCCCCGUUUCGUCUGCGCGUGGAUCUUCAAGUCCAGUGUCGUGUUCCAGUUACUCGUCGAUCAAUAGUGAUCGUCACGAACAACAAACGUUUUCUAUUUUGUUUUUUUGCUUUUUUUUUUUUUUUUAUAUUUGACAAUCCGAGUCGGGAAUCGACGGUCCACGUAAUGAUAGAGUACCUAAGUGUCCUUGAGUGCGCAGGAUCACAUUCGUGGAUAGCGAGGGACGAGCUCGGUACGGGAAGAGGGAAGAAUUCAGAAUAGGAGAGCAACGUGCUUAUCUCUGACCUUGUGAAUCGAAUAUUGUACAUAGACGGAUAGUAUUCUUUUAUUGUACGCUAGUGAUGUGCGGCCCGACUGAUACGUCGGGUUCCCGAGUAUUCGGAUCGCUUCGGAAAACAUCGGCCGGGCUCGGACGGGCGUCCGACGCGUACGCGCAGUCGGGCGGCCCGACUGUUUCGGGUCAGGUCGGAUAAAGUCGGGCAGACUCGGACGAGCUCCCGCGGGCCGCGGCCUAAUUCUUAUUUACUUGUUAAUACUUGGAAUAAUCAUGUUCAAAAUCUGUUUCAUAUAGAAUUUUAGAAUAAUUUUUAUUUGGAAAAAUAAUGCAACGAAUUUAUUUCCAUUUUAUACAAAAUAGAUUUUCAAGCGUUAACAAGUACACGAGAGUCGGGUCGCGAAUCUGCCCGACUUUACCCGACCUGACCCGAAACGGUCGGGCCACCCGACUAACGUAUGUAUCGGACCCCUACCCGAGCCCCUAAUAUCGGGUACCCGCACAUACCUACUGUACGCCAUUAUCACAGCCCUAGGGGCUAGAUAAAGUUAUUUAUUACGAAGUUCCAUACUGCCUCGCUAAAUAGUUCAUACAAAUCCGUUCGCUCUCUCGCUAACCGAGAUCGCGAACGGAUCAACGUGUACACGUAAUUAAUUAUUCAGCUAACCGUUUACGUUUCUAUACAUGUAUGUAACGAUUAUCUUGUAAUUAUAGAAAGCCGAGAGACUUUAUAAAUGACCGUAGAGAAUAAGGAACGUGGAGACGCGCGUUCGCGUUGGAAAUCACACUGUAUCGAAGAGAAUGAAAAAAAAAAAAAAAGAGG